UUCUGUGGUAUUGAAAUACCACGUGUCAUUCAUCACUACAGCCCAACCAUCCACCACCACGCACGUCUUAUCAAAACCCUUUUUUAAAAAUUAAUCGAAUUCCCAAAAGUCCCCCGUGAAGAGCGGUUGUUUUUGCUUUCUCACCACCUUCACCCAAAAAAGUCCAACGCGUCGACAGCAUCCCCUCUCCUUCCCAUCACAGCCACUCAUCUUCCACCACGCUGUAAGAAACAAACAUUUCCGAAUCCUAGUGGCCAACUCUCUUUAUGAAAUAGUUUUGUCCGCAUGCGAUCAUCAACCGUGCGUCCACACCGGACAAAUCGAAUGGAUCUCUGUUGAACUUUCCGAACCGGACCCCACACUACUGUAAGGCGCCACGCGCAAUGCGCACCGCCCCUUGAUCUCUUUCUUCCAUCCCCACCUUCAAAUCUCCUCUCCGGUGCCUAACACGCACUGUUCCAUUCACCACCAAUACAAAACGUCUCUUUCCCUUCAGAAAUGAACUCCGCAAAACCGUUGUGGGGUGUACUGACGGGUAACUUUGUCAGACCCUCAUGGGCGCCGCUGAUUCUGUUAUUCACGCUCCUGGCGAUACUGCUCGUCCAAUUCUCAACCAGACCCGUUUUCCCGGAGUGGUUGAUAUCCGGGUCGACCGGACCCUGUGACGUCGCGGAUGACCCGAGGACAUGCGCCGGGUUUUUCGGGGCCGUGCCGAGGAGAAAGGUGGUGAUGUCUAUCACGGAGUUCGGAGGAGUUGGCGACGGGAAAACGUCCAACACCGAAACGUUUCGGAGGGCGGUACGGCACAUGCAGGGUUUCGGCGAGAAAGGUGGGUCCCAGCUGAACGUGCCGAGGGGGAGGUGGCUCACAGGCAGCUUUAACCUCACCAGUAAUUUCACCCUCUUUCUCCAAGAGGGCGCUGUGAUUCUUGGCUCCCAGGAUCCGGAAGAAUGGCCUAUAAUAGAGCCAUUGCCCUCUUAUGGAAGAGGGAGAGAGAGAUUAGGAGGAAGACACAUAAGCCUUAUACAUGGAGAUGGUCUCACUAAUGUUGUAAUUACAGGACAGAAGGGAACAAUUGACGGGCAGGGGAGGAUGUGGUGGGAACUUUGGUGGAACAGAACAUUGGAGCAUACCAGAGGCCACCUGGUUGAGCUAAUGAACUCUCAGAACAUUCUCAUCUCAAAUCUCACUUUCCUCAAUUCUCCCUUUUGGAACAUUCAUCCCGUUUACUGCAGUAAUGUUGUUAUCAAAGACAUGACAAUCUUGGCUCCUCCCAAUGCACCAAAUACAGAUGGUAUAGAUCCAGACUCAAGCACCAAUGUAUGUAUUGAAGACUGUUAUAUCGAGAGUGGGGAUGAUCUUGUAGCAGUAAAGAGUGGUUGGGAUCAAUAUGGUAUCACCAUGUCUCGGCCGAGCUCCAACAUUAUUGUCAGGAGAGUUUCCGGCACUACCCCGACAUGUUCUGGGGUUGGAAUUGGUAGCGAGAUGUCCGGUGGAAUUUCAAAUGUAACUGUUGAGGAUUUGCAUGUUUGGGAUUCAGCAGCUGGGGUGCGUAUAAAAUCAGAUAAAGGUAGAGGGGGAUAUAUAGCAAAUAUCAGUUUUAGCAACAUAACCAUGGAGAGAGUCAAGAUACCCAUAAGGUUCAGUAGAGGCUCUAAUGACCACCCUGAUGAAGGAUGGGAUCCCAAAGCUGUCCCCAAAGUGAAGGGUAUUUUUAUAAGUAAUGUGAUCAGUUUAAAUUCAACAAAAGCGCCCGUACUGGAGGGCAUUGAGGAUGCAAUAUUUGAAGAGAUAUGCUUUAAAAAUGUCACACUUCUUGGCUUAGCUCCAUCCAUGACAUGGAAGUGUGAAUUUGUUUCAGGAUUUUCCAGUAAGGUGCUUCCAAUGCCAUGUCCACACUUGCAGAACAAUGGCUCUCCCUCCUGGUGUUCACACAGCUCAUAACUUCUUUGGAAAGUUCCAGAUUUUGCAUAAUGAGAAAAAUUAGGCUUGAAUUUUCAAGAGUUCACUUGAAGUACUUCUUAGCAGUCAUGCUAUGAGAGAUUUGAAUCAGUGAUCACAUUGUGGGCAUGACUGGAUUGACAGCUUGUGAAGUUCAUAUGAAAUUGUUUCCUUGACAUGGGUGAGUGAGAUGUCAAGCUGGUGUACCUCUGAGCUCAAACAGCACUGCAGUUCAGAUAUCAUCAGCCUUCAAUUUUUGGCAUCCAAGCAGUUUUCUUGUGAAGUUUGAACUUGCUUCCUGACAGGUUUUUCUGACGAUUUCAAGAUAUAUAAAUUGAUUUACAGUUACAAACUUUUUUCUUGAAUUCCAUAAAUGUUUUGUUGUUAAUCACAGAUACUACACAUUCAACCAUGAGAGAGAGAGAGAGAGAGAGAAACAUGUAUAGGGAUACAUAGGUGAAAUGUAACACGUACAGAACUUUGUAAUUCAUUUCAUUGAUGAGAAGCUCAUGUUAGCAUUUGAAA